UUCGAAGUGACUGCACAGAGAGACCGCCACACAAGAUAGCAAAAUGUCAGAGAAACUUGAUCCGAACGUGAACCGGGCCCGGGAAGACGAACGGGCUUCGGGGACGACACUGGAAGCUCACGACGAAAGCUCCGUCGAUGUCACUCCACCAACCGAAGUAGAGAAGACGAGAACGCACGACGUCUCUGCUGCUGGAGAUCCCAAUGCCGUGCCUGAAGAGAACGCGGUCACCCAGACGGUUACGUCUCAGUCACAGAGAAUGACCAAGAGUAAAACUAUCAUCAUUAUGGGUGCAUUAUGCUUAUCGGUUUUCUUAGCCGCUCUCGACCAGACCAUUGUCUCAACAGCCCUUCCAGUUAUGGCAGCUCACUUCCAUGCCUCUCAAAGUGGUUAUUCCUGGAUGGCGUCUUCAUAUAUGCUGGCCAAUGCAUCCUGUGUUCCUUUCUGGGGAAAACUUAGUGACAUCUUUGGUCGGAAACCUAUCAUCAUUCUGGCUAACGUUGUUUUCUUGGUGGGUAGUCUUAUCUGUGCCUUAUCUGAUAAUUUAGCUAUGAAUAUUGCUGGUCGAGCUAUUCAAGGUGCUGGUGGUGGCGGAAUUAUCGUGUUGGCCAACAUUACCGUUUCGGAUCUAGUCAGUGUUAGAGAACGGCCUAUGUAUUACGGUCUUUUUGGCGUGACUUGGGCACUGGCCGGAGCUCUUGGCCCUAUUAUUGGUGGCGCUUUGACAACUAAGGUUACCUGGCGGUGGUGUUUCUACUUGAAUUUACCCGUCGGUGGCCUCUCUCUAACUAUCCUAACCUUCUUCCUCCAUGUCCACACACCAAAGACUCGCAUUCUGGAUGGCCUAGCAGCAAUCGACUGGCUGGGUGUCCUGACUUGUAUCGGAGCUACACUUAUGUUCCUCUUCGGACUGGAAUUUGGCGGACUCAAUUAUCCCUGGAACUCAGCCACGACUAUCUGCUUGAUUGUAUUCGGUGUCCUGACUUACGGCGUAUUCCUCUUGAUCGAAUGGAAGGUCGCCAAGUACCCUAUUAUUCCCAUACGCCUAUUCAAGAAUAGUCACAAUCUAGCAGUAUUUGGCUCAUGUUUCUGUCACGCAGCCGUAUUCAUAUCCGGCGCUUAUUAUUUACCACUCUACUUCCAAUCCGUUCUUCUAGCGUCUCCGAUUCUUUCUGGUGUCUACACGCUCCCGCAAGUACUCUCACUAUCACUUACCUCCGCAGUUAUUGGAAUAAUCAUUAAGAAAACUGGCCGCUAUAAGGAAGCCGUUCUCAUUGGUAUGGGCGUCAUGACUCUCGGAUUCGGACUCUUCAUCGAUCUCAAACCAUACGCAAGCUGGCCACGUAUUAUUCUCUACCAACUCAUCGCCGGAGCCGGCGUUGGCCCCAACUUCCAAGCUCCUCUCAUCGCUCUUCAAGCAAACAUCCACGUCUCUGAUAUGGCAGUAGCCACCGCAACUUUUGGCUUUGUCCGCCAACUCGCUUCUGCUAUCGGCAUUGUCCUCGGAGGCGUUAUCUACCAAAACGUUCUCACCCAGCAAUUACCAAAACUCGAGGCCGCUGUCGGACCCGCUACAGCUAAUAAAUUGGCACAUUCAUUCUCUGGCGGCGAUAAAGCCAUUAUCCAGUCACUGCCCCCCGAUCAACAGGCUGUUGUUAAGUCAGCAUUUACCUUUUCACUAAGCCGUGCUUGGAUCUUUUAUACCGCUGUCGCUGGCGUGGGAUUUUUGAUCAGUUUCUUCCUCCGACGUAUCGAAUUGAAUCGAUCGCAUGCAGUUGCAAAGACCGGUUUGGAAGAACAGGAGAGGGCAAGACAGGAGCAUCUCGCCGCUAAGAAAGCUGCGAAGGAGUCCAAAUCUGCGGUUUAGUCCUUUUUUCUUCUCGUUUUUUGCAUCUUAUUUAUUCAACUUAUUCAACAUAUACUACUAAUUACGUUCUUCAACAAAAGUUUUGGAUAGUCCAAGGGAUGGAUAACCAUAGACUCGACAUUAUACCCUCUGCAUAGCAAAAUCUGUUACAUUUCGUUCGGUCGUAUACCAUUUUUCGUACAAAAUCGUUUCUCAUGCAUUUAUCUAGAUUUUUCUCUUUUCUGGUCGUUCGAUGUGUAUAUUGUUCUUUCUAUUAUCAUGGAUCUUGUCUUACAUCCGUGGCUGCAGUACGGCUAGCUAUCUAUGUUUGUCAUGGUUAGAGCUGGGUACGGAUGAUGGUCCUGAUGAUUGUCUACACCAAGGACAAUGGUUGGGGUUCUUAUUUAUUCUGCCGCUUCAGAUAUAUUAACAAUAGAAGAAAUGAUAAAAAGGGCAUGGAUUUGA